AUGUCCAAAUUCGUUGACAAUGACCCUCAUCAGAAAGGUAAAAGAGAAAUUAUAUUGUCAGUUGUAUGUGAGUGUCCUCCUAACGAACUUUCACGCAUACAAAAUUGUGACGAAAAAGAAGAUGAGGCGCAAGGAAAAAAAGGAUACGAGAAGAAGGUGCGGGGCAAGCUCAAAAACGUUAUCGUGAGGAGAAAGAACGGCAAGUACUUGGUUGAGGUAGCGCGGUUAUUUGAGUCAAUUCCACAACUCAUAAAACACUACCAAGAGACACCAGGAAAACUGAACAAGAUUUCGUUUAUUUUAAAAUACCCAAUAAAGCAACAGCCAUGGGAAUACCACCACAGUGACGUACAACAAGGGAAACUGUUGGGUGAAGGAGCGUUUGGAGAGGUCCGAGCUGGAACCUUGAAACUGAAAUCUGGACGUACGGUAGAAGUGGCCAUAAAAGUUACUAAAGGGUGCUCCGAUAUAGGGAAAGCAAAGAUCAAAGAAAUGAUGAAGGAGGCACGACUGAUGAGAAAUUUCAGGCACAAGAACGUUGUCCGGAUUUAUGGAGUUGCUGUAGACGAGCAGCCGUUAUAUAUUAUUCUUGAACUUGUAAAAGGUACGUGGAAGGUCUAUUGA